AUGAAGCACCCCGUCGUUGCUGGCAAUUCGUUCUACUCAAGCUCAUCAAGCACAACCGUCAACGGCCAUAGCAGCCAGCUUCUCUCUUCCCCAGAACUCUACUAUCCCGCCAACAUGAUCAACAACGCUGUCAAUAGGACCGGUCUUCACCCCGGCGGUGUCCCCGUCCGGACGGAACACACCGAAAUUGAGCAGGAGCUUCACGACAAGGCUCACAUCGACUACAACCGCGUCGCGAUUAUCCACAACCCCUCUGUUGCUCAGCUCUACGAGGAUGCCCUCGUGUACGAGACUGGUACCGCUAUUACCUCCAGCGGCGCCCUCACAGCCUACUCUGGCAAGAAGACCGGCCGGUCACCCCAAGACAAGCGCAUUGUCAAGGAGCCGACAUCAGAGAAGGACAUCUGGUGGGGUCCUGUCAACAAGCCCAUGAGCCCUGAGGUCUGGAAGAUCAACCGCGAGCGCGCCAUCGACUACCUCAACACCCGCAAUCGCAUCUACGUCGUCGACGGCUAUGCCGGCUGGGACGAGAAGUACCGUAUCAAGGUCCGCGUCGUCUGCGCGCGUGCUUACCAUGCCCUCUUCAUGCGCAACAUGCUCAUCCGCCCCCCUCGUGAGGAGCUCGAGAACUUCCACCCCGACUACACCAUUUACAAUGCCGGCUCCUUCCCGGCCAACCGCUUCACUGAGGGCAUGACCUCGUCAACCUCCGUCGCCAUCAACUUUGCCGAGAAGGAGAUGGUCAUCCUUGGCACCGAGUACGCCGGUGAGAUGAAGAAGGGCAUCUUCACCGUCAUGUUCUACGAGGGCCCCAUCAAGCACAACAUCCUGACCCUGCACUCCUCUGCCAACGAGGGCAAGGACGGCGACGUCACUCUGUUCUUCGGUCUGUCCGGUACUGGUAAAACCACUCUGUCUGCCGACCCCAACCGCGCUCUGAUCGGCGACGACGAGCACUGCUGGAGCGACCGCGGCGUCUUCAACAUCGAGGGCGGCUGCUAUGCCAAGUGCAUCGGCCUCUCGGCCGAGAAGGAGCCCGAUAUUUUCAACGCCAUCCGCUUCGGUUCUGUCCUCGAGAACGUCGUCUUCGACCCCGUCACCCGCGAGGUCGACUACGAUGACGCUACCCUCACUGAGAACACUCGCUGCGCCUACCCCAUUGAGUACAUCAACAACGCCAAGAUCCCCUGCAUCAGCAAUAGCCACCCCAAGAACAUCAUCCUCCUCACCUGCGAUGCCCGUGGCGUCCUGCCCCCAAUCUCCAAGCUCAACCGCGCACAGACCAUGUUCCACUUCAUCUCGGGCUACACCUCCAAGAUGGCCGGCACUGAGGACGGUGUUCUCGAGCCUCAGGCGACCUUCUCGUCCUGCUUCGCUCAGCCCUUCCUGGCCCUUCACCCCAUGCGCUAUGCCAAGAUGCUCGCCGACAAGAUCGAGCAGCAUAACGCCAACGCCUGGCUGCUCAACACCGGUUGGGUCGGCGCCGGCUUCGCCCAGGGAGGCAAGCGCUGCCCGCUCAAGUACACGCGUGCCAUCCUCGACGCCAUCCACUCGGGAGAGCUGGCCAAGGUCGAGUACGAGACCUAUGAGGUCUUCAACCUCCAGGUGCCCAAGACCUGCCCCGGUGUGCCCUCGGAGCUGCUCAACCCCAAGAACGCCUGGACUGCUGGUGCCCAGAGCUUCGAGACUGAGGUUAAGAAGCUUGGCAAGCUCUUCCUGGAGAACUUCAAGAAGUAUGAGAGCGAGGCUACUGAGGAUGUUAAGAAGGCUGCGCCAGUUGUGUAA